GGCCCGAGAAGGGGGUUCCCUGCCCCUCCUCCUCCUGCUCCGCCACUUCUCCCCGCCCCGAAAAUGGCGAGGCACCUGCCCCCGUGCGUCGUUGACGGCGGCACCGGGUAUACAAAACUGGGUUACGCAGGGAAUACAGAGCCACAAUUCAUUCUUCCAUCAUGUAUUGCAAUAAGAGAAUCAGCAAAAGUAGGUGACCAAGCACAGAGGAGACUGACACAAGGAGUUGAUGAUCUAGACUUUUUCAUUGGAGAUGAAGCCCUAGAUAAGCCCACCUAUGCUACAAAGUGGCCAGUACGGCAUGGCAUUGUGGAAGACUGGGAUCUUAUGGAAAGGUUCAUGGAGCAGGUUAUUUUUAAAUAUCUUCGAGCUGAACCAGAGGAUCACUACUUCUUAAUGACUGAACCACCACUGAACACUCCUGAAAACAGAGAAUACCUUGCAGAAAUCAUGUUUGAAUCCUUUAACGUACCAGGACUUUACAUUGCUGUUCAGGCGGUGUUAGCCUUAGCUGCUUCUUGGACUUCACGGCAAGUUGGGGAUCGUACCUUAACUGGAACAGUCAUUGAUAGUGGUGAUGGUGUGACCCAUGUAAUUCCAGUGGCAGAAGGUUAUGUAAUUGGAAGUUGCAUCAAACAUAUUCCCAUUGCAGGUAGAGAUAUUACAUAUUUCAUUCAACAUCUCCUAAGGGAGAGGGAAAUGGGAAUUCCGCCUGAACAGUCAUUGGAGACAGCUAAGGCCAUAAAGGAAAAGUACUGUUACAUUUGUCCUGACAUAGCAAAAGAAUUUGCCAAAUAUGAUAUAGAUCCACGCAAAUGGAUAAAGCAAUAUACAGGCAUCAAUGCAAUCAACAAAAAUAAAUUUAUUAUAGAUGUUGGCUAUGAAAGAUUUCUUGGGCCAGAAAUCUUCUUUCAUCCAGAGUUUGCCAACCCAGACUUCAUGGAGUCCAUUUCGGAUGUGGUUGAUGAAGUUAUACAGAACUGCCCCAUUGAUGUUCGUCGGCCUUUAUAUAAGAAUGUGGUUCUUUCAGGAGGAUCCACAAUGUUCAGGGAUUUUGGACGCCGGCUACAGAGAGACUUGAAAAGAGUAGUAGACGCUCGCCUGAAAAUCAGCGAGGAGCUCAGUGGUGGUCGGAUAAAGCCCAAACCUGUUGAAGUUCAGGUGAUAAGUCAUCACAUGCAGCGCUAUGCAGUCUGGUUUGGAGGAUCCAUGCUUGCAUCAACACCAGAGUUCUUCGAAGUAUGUCACACCAAGAAAGAUUACGAGGAAUAUGGUCCUAGUAUUUGCCGUCACAAUCCUGUUUUUGGAGUGAUGUCUUAAUGCCCAUCUGUUCUUGUGUCUGAUGGAGAUCGUUUCACUGGUGAAGAGAAGAGAGCGCUUGGUGUGGAUGACAACUUGCCUUGAGGAAGACUACUUCAAUCCCACAAUGUGCACUAGAAUUAGGCACUCCAGUGCAAUGGGCAACCCAGAAUAAUUUGGACUGAAGCCACUUGUACUUUGACUAUUUUAGCCUCUCCUUGCCUCUAACUUAUGAGCAAAACUCCUAUUUGGGAAGACUGCGGGAACAGGAAUUGCAGGGAUAGAGGCAAGAAAAUAAGCCAAAAUGUUGUCGCUGUCAUACUCCUGGAAAAAG